GCACCCCGUCCAUCGACAGGCCCUCACAAGCUGAGGGAGUGCCUUCCACUCAUCAUCUUCCUGCGGAACAGGCUGAAAUAUGCUCUGACAGGAGACGAAGUCAAGAAGAUUUGCAUGCAGAGGUUCAUCAAAAUAGAUGGCAAAGUCCGCACAGACAUCACCUACCCUGCAGGCUUCAUGGAUGUCAUCAGCAUUGAGAAGACGGGCGAGCAUUUUCGCUUGGUGUACGAUACCAAAGGCCGGUUUGCUGUUCACCGCAUCACAGCUGAAGAGGCCAAGUACAAGUUGUGUAAGGUGAGGAAGAUAUUUGUGGGCACCAAAGGAAUUCCUCAUCUGGUCACUCACGAUGCCCGCACCAUCCGCUAUCCGGACCCCCUCAUCAAGGUGAAUGAUACGGUCCAGAUUGACCUGGAGACGGGCAAGAUCACAGAUUUCAUCAAGUUUGACACAGGUAACCUCUGUAUGGUGACCGGUGGUGCCAAUUUGGGCCGUAUUGGGGUGAUCACCAACCGGGAGAGACACCCAGGGUCGUUUGAUGUGGUUCACGUGAAGGACGCCAAUGGCAACAGCUUUGCCACCAGGCUCUCCAACAUCUUCGUUAUUGGCAAAGGCAACAAGCCGUGGAUCUCCCUGCCCCGUGGAAAGGGCAUCCGCCUGACCAUUGCUGAAGAGAGAGACAAGAGACUGGCGGCCAAGCAGAGCAGCAGCUGAACUCCAGUUGGGGCUGGCAGUGGUCCUUUCACUGUACGAAUUAAAGUGUUUACCAA